AUGGACACUGAUAGGCUUGAAGGAUCGAUAAAAAAUAUUCUGGAGCAGAAGUCGUUGAAGUGGAUAUUCGUUGGCGGCAAAGGCGGCGUCGGCAAGACGACGUGCUCGUGCUCGAUUGCCGCCCAACUCGCCAGCGUUCGCGGACGAGUGUUGCUCAUCUCGACGGAUCCCGCGCAUAAUAUAUCGGACGCGUUUGCGCAGAAGUUCACCAAAGAUCCGACGCUGGUUAAUGGAUUUACGAAUCUUUUCGCAAUGGAAAUCGACUCGAAUCCAUCUGGAGAUGGAUCGGAAUUCUCGGGACUCGAGGAAAUGCUUCAGAACGCGACGCAGAAUGGUGGCAAUGGUGGUGGAUUUUCGAUGGGAAAAGAUUUUCUUCAAAGUUUUGCCGGCGGCCUUCCUGGAAUUGACGAGGCGAUGAGUUUUAGCGAAAUGAUGAAAUUAAUUGACUCGCUCGACUUUGACGUUGUGAUCUUCGACACGGCGCCGACCGGCCACACGCUUCGUCUUCUUCAAUUUCCGACGCUUCUCGAAAAGGCGUUCUCGAAGAUUCUCUCGCUGCAAGGCAUGAUCGGCCCGAUGUUGUCGCAAUUCUCGGGAAUGAUGGGUAUGAAUGGAAACUCGAUGAACGAGAUGAUCGAGAAGAUGACGACGACAUUGGAAACGGUCAAGAAAAUGAAUGCGCAAUUCAAGGAUCCGGAUUGCACCACAUUCAUUUGCGUUUGCAUUGCCGAGUUUUUGUCGCUGUAUGAAACGGAGCGACUCAUUCAGGAGCUCACGAAGCAGCAAAUCGACACGCACAAUAUAAUUGUCAAUCAGCUUUUGUAUCCGGAUAAGGAUGAGCACGGAAAUGUGGUUUGCCGGAAAUGCAAGUCGCGAGCUGCGAUUCAAGGAAAAUAUUUGGAAGAGAUUGACGAUCUUUACGAGGAUUUCCACGUGACGAAAUUGCCGCUUUUGGAAAGUGAAGUGCGCGGUGCCGAGAAUAUUCGCAAAUUCAGCGAGCGAUUGGUGAAUCCGAAUUAUGGCGGAUGA